GAGGGGACUGUGGGUCUCAAGAGAGGGUCUUGGGGCCCAGGAUUGUACACGCUCUAGGCCGCAAGCCUUUCCAGGGCUGUCCCUAGCAGGAUGUCCCAGGCAAGGAUGAUUUUAUGGCUAUCCAGACGCCUCCCUGCUCCCCACUUACGGUCCAGCUUAGCGGCUCUGAGACCAGUGGCCUCUCCUUGUUGGCACAAGAACCUACAGCAUCGAGGAGCCCCUAAUAACGGUCACUCUGGGGCUUUUCUGUGACAACCCCUGUGACCCGUGGACUUUCCGCAUCCUCACUAACUUGUUCACCUGCCGUCUCGUUCACCUUGGUGGUCACCCAACCGUCCUGCUGGCCGUGGCUGUCCUUUCUGAGGGCUGGGACGCGUGCCCGUGUGUGAGAAGAGGCUGUGCCCUGCCAUGGGGAGGGCACUGCCCAGCCUCCACCGCACAGCCCCCUGACCACCCCAGCCUCCAAGGCACUGAGCUGAAAGCUCAGGCUUUUGCAGCACCUGUCAGAGCACCGGCUACUGAUGACAUGAUCACUUGGUGGUGAGUGAGCCUUUGGCCUGAGAAACCCUUCAGCUCAGACCCAUGUCUCCCACGAAGGCGAGGGGGCCGCUGUCCUUCCUCUCGGCCUCUCUGGUCCUCUGGCCCCACCCUCGGCAGCCUUAGCCUGCUGCUCUCGGGGCCUGAGCCUGUGAGCAGUCCUGGGCUGGGAGCCGGUUCUCCCACAUUCCAGGCUGAGUGACUGGGCAGAGGGUGUGCCUGCCUCAGGCUCCUUGGGGGAGGCCCCUGGGGGGCUGGGGAAAAUCCUGGGAGCCCUCCUGCCCCCCCAAUAGAGGGGGCCCUGGGCCUUAGCCGUCCCCUGGGUUCCUGCAGUUUGAGAGACAAGGAGGGUGAGAAGCAGGUUCACCAGGCUGCACUUAGUCCUCGGGCUGCGGGGUUAAGGAGAGGGCAGCCCUGCAGGCAAGUUCCCUGUUCUCUGAGUAAGCCCUUCACCCCUGAGCUGGGCAGUGAACCCCCAGGAGAGCGAUACUCAGAGCUUACGUCAUAGAGGAGAAGGAGCCAGGUCUGAAGGAGAUCUUUGCAAUCAUAAGGUCCAAACAACCUUAUGAUUGUUUUUACAGAUGGGGAAACUGAGGCACAGAAUCCCGUAGCUGGGGAAACAGCGGAAAGCCAGGCUCCCGCCUCCGUCCUGCCACCCCAUGCUGCCCCCACUCAGGGCCUCAGUGGGGUUUGUAGGACGCGGUCCCUCGAGAGCAGCCCAAUGUCAGGGCCUCACGCUGCCCUGGGGACGGCAUGGCCAGCCGUGGAGCUGCACAGAGGCCCCUGAAGCCAGGGACACGCGGCGUAGAGCAGCGGCACCAGUCGGUGGACUUAAGUCUAGGCCCCGCCACUUAACGUGCCCCAUGUGGCCUGGGCUCUGUGUAUGUAAAGGGGGCGACCCUCCCUGCCUUACACGGCUUUGUGAGGAUGAAAGGGGACUGUGCUGAAAGUGCCUGUGAAAAUGGGAAAUCACAGGUAGAGGCCCCUUUUCUUGUUUGAGUGACAAGGGUAGUCAGGCUCUGACCACUAGGAGGUGCCGGCCCGGGAGAGGAGAUGAGGUGGGAGACCAGACAGAGGGACCCACAGAGCCCUGUGGGCUGCUGCACCGCCCGCAGCCCCGCGGGGGGCCCGGGAGAGGCAUGAGCAGGCAGGGCCAGGUCUCCACACGCAGCUGCAAUGGCGCUGAUGCUUGUGGGGGCCGAGCAGGCCGAGACGGCCAAGACCUUUGCAGCAAAGCAGGUGCCAGUGAGCAGGCCUUAGGCUGGGGACGCGGGCCCUGGGCGAGGCUGGCAGGCCCGUCCCCGCCCAGCAGCCCAUGGACUCUGCCUAGGGAGCGUUUCAGCCUGAGUUCUGGGGUGUGGGGCCCCGAAGGUGUCUGGGCCUUCUCUCCCUCCUGGGCCCUUUGUCCUCAGAUCUCCGGACGCUUGGGGCUAGCAGCCUCUGCGACCCAGGUCUCCCCCCUCGCCAGCCGCUCCCUGCCUCCCAGGCCUGCCCCCCACCCUCUGGAGGAAUUUCCUGAGCCUGAGGGUGGCCGAAAGUACAGAGCUCUCCUCCCAGCGAGCCUCCCACCACCCGCCCAGGCCUGUGCCCUGUGCCCAACCCCAGAGGGUGCGGGAUGACCGUCUGACAAUCAUUAAACCAGCCAGGCCUGAUUUCCCAGCACGCCAGCUAGGACCCGGGCCAAGUGGCACAAAAUAUGCAAAUCACCUGGGGCCAGGCGCCCAGUCUAAAGGCCAGGAAAUCCCCUGGGUCCAAUGAGCCACCAGCUCAGGUUACUGGCGGGCGGUGUGAAGGCCUGGCGGGGAGGGGCUCCACGCGGCUAUUUAGGGCAGGCAGGCGUGGAGCCGCCCGCGCUACCUGGCCAGCUACCUGGAUCUCCUGCCUGCCUGCCGGCCCUUACCUGCCUGCCUGCCACACCUGCACUGCCACUUGGUAGCCUCAUGGCUGCCACCUGUGAGAUCAGCAACGUCUUUAGCAACUACUUCAGCGCCAUGUACAGCCCUGAGGAUCCCUCCCUGGCCUCUGUUCCCCCCGCUGCCACCUUUGGGGCUGAUGACCUGGUGCUGUCCCUGAGCAGUCCCCACAUGCCGCUGGAGGGCGCAGAGAAGGCCAGCUGGCUGGGCGAGCAGCCCCAGUGCUGGUCAAAGGCCCAGGUGCUGGACUGGAUCAGCUACCAGGUGGAGAAGAACAAGUUCGACGCGAGCACCAUCGACUUCUCGCGCUGUGACAUGGAUGGGGCCACACUCUGCAGCUGCGCCCCCGAGGAGCUGCGUCUGGUGUUUGGGCCUCUGGGGGACCAGCUCUACUCCCAGCUGUGGGACCACUCUUCCAGCUUUCCUGAUGAACUCAGCUGGAUCAUUGACCUGCUCGAGAAGGACAGCAUGUCCUUCCAGGAGACCCUGGGAGACCCAGGCCCCUCUGACCACGGAAGCCCCUUCGGCCAGGAGAUGUUGGACGACAGCCAGCAGGCCAGCCCCUGCUACCCCAGCAGCUGCAGUACAGGGGCCCUGUCCCCCGGCAGCUCCGAUGUCUCCAUCACAGGGACAGGCGCCUCUCAGAGCUCCCACCCCUCAGACUCCGGUGGCAGUGACGUGGACCUCGAUCCCACGGACAGCAAGCUCUUCUCCAGUGACGGCUUUCCCGACUACAAGAAGGGGGACCCCAAGCACGGGAAGCGGAAACGGGGCCGGCCCCGGAAGCUGACCAGAGAGUCUCGGGAGAGCCUGGAGAGCAAGAAGAGCAAACAUGCCCCCAGGGGCACCCACCUGUGGGAGUUCAUCCGAGACAUUCUCAUCCACCCGGAGCUCAACGAGGGCCUCAUGAAGUGGGAGGACCGCCGAGAAGGCGUGUUCAAGUUCCUGCGCUCUGAGGCCGUGGCCCAGCUGUGGGGCCAGAAGAAGAAGAACAGCAGCAUGACGUACGAGAAGCUGAGCAGGGCCAUGAGGUACUACUACAAGCGGGAGAUCCUGGAGCGGGUGGAUGGCCGGAGGCUCGUCUACAAGUUUGGCAAGAAUUCCAGCGGCUGGAAGGAGGAGGAGGUUGCAGGGGGUCGGAACUGAGGGUCCCAGUGGACCCGGGAAAGUGAUGGACUUGAGGCCGGCAGCCCCUCUGGGAGGACGGCCGGCGAGCUCCCGCGGUGCUGCGCAGGGAAGCUGAGGCUCCCGCUGUCCCCCGCCAGCUGCUCGUGGAAUUACAAGCCCAGGGUUUGAAGUCACUUGUCCGCCGAUGGUGCCGCGCGUGUCGCUCCCUUACUGGUGCCUCCCAAGGCCCCUCCAGAUGUGGCUGCAGACGCCGCCGUCCUCCUGUAGGCGCCUGGUUGGAGGCGAGGAGGCCUGAGGCCCAGGGUGCCGUGAGCGAGGGGACAGGACACCCUGCACCUUCUUUCCAUACUGGUUUGGACCCGCGGGCGGGGGUUAGGGCGCUCCCUAAUUUAUGUGCUAUAAAUACGUCAGAUGUACAUAGAAAUCUAUUUUUUCUAAGACAGCCCCCUCCCCACUCCUCUCCCACUGAGUGCCGUGGCCACACUGACCAUUGUCGGUUGGGCCUGCGAGGGGUAGGGGUGCCGGGACCUUUAGCCAGGGCCCGGCUCCUUUCUUCUGAGUGGAGGCACAGACCUCCAAUAAAGUGCCCUCUGGGCUUUUUGUAACCUUCGUCUUAGCGGCCUGUGCACUGAAAUGUGGGUGGCGGAUCGGCUAAGGUCUCGGGGCUGGGAGACGGACCGAGCGGGGUCGGCCGGCCGGAGGGGAGGCUGAGGCCAGCUGCAGGGCGGGGUUCCCGGAGCCACGGCCUGGCUUUGUGCUGUGCUGCGCGGGCCAGGAGGACGUGAAGCUGUUGACGACUACGGAGGCUUCCAGGGCCUGAGCUCAGAGCCAAGUCCCGAUGGUGUGUGGUGACCUUGGCCACGCCGGCCCCCUUUGGCUGCUUCCAUGUGGCGAGGUGGCGUUUGGACCUGAAGGUCUAUCAGAAGCCUAGAAUUGCAUGUCCGGCCUUGUGGAAGAGAUGCUUCUGCAUUCCAGCCAAGGUGGCUCUACGCUGACUGUAACCCGAAUCCCAGCUCUCGUCAUCUGACAAGAAAUCAGUUGUGACCUAUGGAGGCAGCAAACAAAGCAAACAGAUGAGCCUCCACGAGAAAGGGCAGGGAGGGACUGGCCGUCGGCAGCCUAGUCUGUGCCCGGCGCUGGGCCCCCUCGUCGCUCCCAGGAUGAGACAAGGGGGUCUGUCAUGCCCAUUUUACAGAUGUAGAAGGUGGGGUUCCACAGGCCAGUGACCGAGCCAAGGCCGCUCAGGCUGUGUCUCGGUGCACCUGCCCCGGGGCUGGUGGCUGAUGGCUUAAUCCUCAGCACGCCCAGGACUGUCACUCGUCUGGAGCCUGUGAGAGGACAUUUCCAUGUGGGUGCUGCAUAUAGGGUUCCUUAUGAAGAAUGGCUUACAGGGAAGGUCCUUAAGUUUGAGCCCAUCGAAGCCCCGCUUUAUAAGUUUGAAAUGCUGGUCAGUGGUCUUAGAAAUACGAGAUUAUUCACCAAAGGAGCGUGGGUCGGGAUGGGCUCUUGGAAAACUGUGUGCAUGGGAGUGGGGUUUGCUCUGGAGAAACGGGCAGUCAGAGGACCGUGGGGAAGUUGGCUGGAGAGAGCAGCGGGUCCUGUGAGACCCUGGAAGCUCCUAGAACCAUCUGGAAGGAGCUUGCCUCGACAUGUGAGCAGGUGACCUCAGAGGUGACGGGUGACAUCACAGGCUUCUCCCCAGGCAGACCUGGGGGCUUCCCCGCCAGGCACAUCCCCUCUGAGGCCCCUUCGGCAGGUUAGCCUAACAGUACUGUUUCUUGAGAAUUCGCAUGUGUUAGUGCCGUGUUGGUUUCUACACCCACAUUGUUUUUGGGGCCCCAGAGCAAGGUUACCCUCGUUGCAAAGAGAGGAGGAUGGGCCUUGGGCACCCAGGGCACAGCCGCUCCACCCGCCUCCCUCUAAGGGGGGCAGUGACACCCACACUGGAGGUGUUGGCGGGAAGUGGGGCCCAGCCACUUCAUCCUCUGCCAAAGGGAGGUGCCACCAAGUGCCACCCUCUGACCUUCGUCCUGUUUCGGUUUACAAGGUGCUUCCCUCACCCCAUUAUCUCAUAUGGCCGCACCACAGCCCAUGUCCCUGAUGGAGAUGGCGGCUGGUCCAAGGUCACCAGCCAGGUGAGGAGGGCACCAGAGCCCAGGACUCCCGCCUCCAGGUGGGAGCCCAGGUGACCGCUCUGUGAGGAGUCUGGGGGGCACCUGGGCAGUGCUGGGGACAGGAGGGGUCCUCUGCCCCCCCCAGAGAUGUGUUUCUUACUCACGUCUUCCCCCAGGGCCCUGCAGAGCUGGGCAGAGUCCUGGGCUGGCCCUUCUCGCCCUCCCAGGCACCCUCUCUAUCGGCAUCGCCCCCCUUACUCCCGACUCUCACCAGUGGGGCCCCUGCAGGCUCCCACCUAGCGUCCCCGGGAAGGGGGGGCCUCCGCCUGGGCGUGGCCCAGAGCUGCUGGUCACCUCUUAUCUGCUUCCAUGGGAUUGGCUGUGCUGCUGCGCAGGUCAGAGGGAGGUCACCCCUCCCGCGUUUGGGUGUGCCUGCCUGCCAGCCUUCCCGGAUUCUCCCACAGCCCACUGCCCCCCACUUCAGGGGACACCUGCUUCACCUGCCCCCCUGGGCGAGGAGGAUGGACUGACUGGCUUGUAUUGACGGUUUAUUCCGAUCUGCCCUUCUUUUCCGGUUACUUGCUUCCACGGCUCUCCCUCCUCGAGCGGGUUGUCAGCGUCUCUGGGCAGCAACGGGGUUACUCAUCCCAGCGCCUGACACAGCGCCUGGCACAGAGAAGGUGCUCGAUAAAUAUUUGUUAAACGGCCCUGUGACUCUCCCUGCCCCCUCAGCACACACUUGCAUACACGCUGUCACAUGGUCACACGCACCCCUCAGUCACACAAACCCAGUGUCACACCACAGUCACACACACGCACAUACACACACGCAGUCACACAAACAGGUUACACACACACAGCCUCCCCACCGUGGGCUGACCCCCCAGGCUCACACGGCCUCAGUCUCUAUCUACACUGCUCGUCUCCUCCCUGGGGACCCACCGACCCCUCCUUGAGGCACUUCCUGGCCUGCCUGGGCCCUUCUCCCACAGGUGGGCAGGCCUCGCCUCCCGGCAGGGCCCGAGUGCAGAGCCUGGGCUGCUGUGAAAGUUGUAGAAGGUUCCAGAGCACAAACCAAGCUCGGGGCUCCUCCGAGCUCGGUCCUCUGGACGAGGGCACAGGUCGCCUGCCGGAGCAGCCAGCCCUGCUGCCUGCAGCCCCCGGGCCUUUCAGAGCCGACCCCCCACACACACACCUUCUCCUGCAGAUGUGUCCUCAGCAGUCACCAAAACAGGAAUAUGUUGCCAACUUUUUGAAAUCAGGACAAUUCUCAGAGAAUAACUUGGAGGUGUGGCUUCUCUUCAGAAAUCAGAAAAUCUGGCAGAGCGGGGGACCCAGGAGAGGAGAGGACACCAGGGUGUAGGGCGUCGAGGCUGGAGCCUAAGAAGUGCCUCAGACGUCUCCGCAAACCUGCCAAGACGUGUGCGAGGUAGGAUGUGCCUGCACUGCGCAGGACCCAGCGUGGAGGACACCUGGACCUGAAAGCCGGUUUCUGGAAUCUCUUUCCUCCACCCCACAACUGACUCCACUCUGAGGGGCUGAGCUGCGCAAGCGUCCCCCUGCUGCUCAAGUGCCUGAAAUCACCAGCAGCCUCCAGGUAAGACAGGUGACUCCUACAGCCGAGGCCUCCGGGAGGAUGAGGAGCAAGCGGCUUUCCACUGCUGAGCUGUUCAGAGGGCUGUCUAUUAGGAGGGUCCCGUCCUCAUCUUGCCGUGCACUUCCCCUCCCCCUCUGUUCUCCCUCCCCCCUCCUGCUCUGUGCUGGGCUGGGCGGGGACAGCAGCAGUAGCAAUUAGCCUAGCUCAGCCACCCGUUACUGGAAACUUCGUGUCAACUCUGGAGCUGAUCCAAGAAACCACGCCCAGGGCCCCACAUGACAGUCUCACCUGCCCACCUCCACACCUGCCAGCCUCAGUGACCCAGGCAGCAACACAGGGGGAAGUCCCAGCAUUCUUCAGUCCGUCCUCAUCUACCCAUGUGUUUGCCAGGCAUGCUGGGACUUAGAGUCCUGAGAUCGCAAGCCUGAUCUCUGGCUGGUUUCUAACCACGAGGGAAAGCUGCAGGCUGGGCAAAAGCUGGGGUUCGGGAAAGUAGAAUCAGUCUGGAGAACGCAGACGGAAGCAUCCAGGCUCUUCCCCAGCGUUGUUUGAAGAGCGAGCAGCUCCAGACCGCAGGAGAUACUACCUUUUGUAAUUAAACUGGCAAAAAAAGAAGAAGAAUGCUCCUGAUGUCCAGAGCCGGUGAGGAGGAGAAGGGACACAGGUCCGCCUAAAGCUCUGCUCAAGUGUGAGCCCCUAGUGGCCCCUCGGUGACUCCUCCUUAGGAGCCCAAGAACUGGAGGCAACUCACCCUCCAGACCUACUCUUUUGUUGGUGCAAGGAUGACCAUCGCAGCACUUUUAAAAAGAUGAUAAAAUAGUGGAAACAAAAAAAGCAAGCCACUUUAUUGAGAAGUUCUUCCGCGCCAGAUGCCCAGCCAGAGCCAGAGCGGUCCGGGCUGAGCCACGGCGGUGUGUGACGUCCUCUGCUGUCACUAGAGUCCACACGGAGCCGCUCGGAGGCCCUGACGAGAGACCGGCUGUCCUCCCAUCCGUGCCCCUGAAGCUGGUCCCUGGGGUCUGUGUGGCCUCUUUGCUGGGCCCCAUGCUGUUUCUGGAGGUUCACGGUGAAGCUCCCACGCUGUCCUCAGGCGUUGACUCAAUACUCUCCUCGCAGAAACGUUUCCACUGAGCAGCUCUCGUUUGAAGAUACAAUGUGACCAUGACAGAGAAGGUAUGUGCCCUGGGGACCUUGAGGCAGGUAACAGCCGAGUCAAGAAGGACCCUGAGUCAUUCCGCAUGAAGGGUGUUGGAGGGAGGCCUCUCCUAGCACGUGACAUGUGAAUGAGGACCCGUCUGGGGCACACGUGACCUCUGGGAACAGGAAACAGGAGCCGGGCCUGGAGACGGACAAGUGGGGUACUUUGGAGGGACAGAACAACUGCGUGCUGAAGCCAGCAGUGCCCGGGGACCCAGUUUAAUUCACCCACCCCAGUCACUGAACCUAAGAGGGUAGA